UGAUUUGUUUGUGUUAUUUUAUCAGAAAAUGUGUGGAUUUGAUGGGUUGAAUGCUAUAGUUAUUGGUUUAAAUUUAUGUAUAAUUUUUUUGGAGCUCGUGUGUUUGCUCUCCUUGCUCCUUUUCAGUUUUAUUCUCCCGUGAGUCUUGAUCCGUAUGGGUUAGCAUUGUUUUCGGGCUUAUUUUGAGUUCGUUUUCUUGUUUCCCCUUUCAGAUUCUUGGCAUGAAAAGGGUUUUUUGGCGGGAUUGGUUUGCCAUUGGACUUCUUCUGUUGUAAUUGGAUUUGGGGAGAGAUUUUGACUUCCGGGGGAGGAGAAAAAGAAAAGUGAAGAGGGAAAAUAUAGAUUGGCAGAAUUUUGAGGUCUAGAGUCUGUUUGUGUAAUUGGACUGAUGAAAAAUCAAGUUUGGCCAUGGGUUUUAGGAUUGAUUUAUAUAUUUGCAGUUGGAGCUAUAUGGAUUGCUGCUAGUUUUGUGGUACAGUCGGUUGUGGAUGGCGGUGUUUCACCAUUUCUUGUAACAUAUAUUUGCGAUUCAUUAUUUGUCCUGUUAAUACCUUUAGUUGAAAUUGUGCGCUACUUGGAAGAUAAUCAUGGGAGUUGGUUGUUUUGGCGAAAAAGAGAGGAUACUAAUUUGCAAGAAUCGAGAGCAGCUGAGGAGAAGGUUCUUCUUGAAGAUUACGAGGCUGGUGCUCAAGCUGAGGGAUUGAAAUCAGAUGUGAUUGUGCUAAAGAAUGAUAUUGAUCAUCAUAAGGAAGGAGAAGCAAUGUCGGAACAGCAUCGAGUUCCUGAGUAUGUUGGCAGCUGGGGAUUGGAUGCAAAAGGGCGUUGGACACGUCGAAGAACAGCAAAAGUCAGCCUUUUGAUAUGCCCCUUUUGGUUUCUGGCACAACUCGCAUUUAAUCUUUCUCUCAAGUAUACUUCAGUCACUUCAAAUACUAUCCUAAGCAGUUCCUCCAGUCUGUUCACCUUUUUAGUUGCUCUUGUAUUUUUGGGGGAGAAGUUCACUUGGCUCAAGCUGAUUAGCGUUCUGCUUUGCAUGGGAGGAACCAUAAUUGUCAGCCUGGGCGACUCAAAGGCAGGAUCAAAUUUAGUUGCCUCAAAUCCUGUUAGUGGAGAUAUUCUGGCUCUUGCAUCUUCAGCAUUUUAUGCUGUAUAUACCACCCUACUUCGUAUUAAAUUACCGGAUGACGAUGAUGAAGUACAAGGCCGUGUAAGCAUGGCCCAAGUUCUUGGAUUCUUGGGUUUGUUCAACCUCCUGUUGUUUCUUCCUGUUGCCCUCAUAUUAGAGUUUACAAAGCUUGAGAAUUUCCACAUUCUUAGUGGGAGGGACUUAGGUCUCAUUGUCGGUAAAGGUUUACUGGAUAAUGUGCUGAGUGAUUAUUUAUGGGCCAAGGCUGUGCUCCUCACAACGACAACUGUGGCAACAGCAGGCCUUUCAAUUCAGGUACCAUUAGCAGCUAUUGUGGACUCACUGACAGGAAAUGCGCCCCAUCUGUUGGAAUAUAUUGGAGCUGCUGUUGUAAUGGUUGGUUUUACGGUCCUUAAUAUCCCUUCAGGUGUUCUUUCUAGAACUACAGAAGCUAGUCUUGAAUUGGAAACUUCAAAUAAGAAUGCAAAUGAACAUCGAGAUGACCUUUGAUACGCACGAGAUAGUUUCACUUUGGUGGGAUAGAGUAAAAUAGCCGAUAUGUACAUUAGUUUAAUUGUUUCGACAGAAAAACAGAAAUACAUAUAGUUGAUUCUUUGGCGUUGUUCUGUUAGGAGUCGGCAUACUGACCCUUCCCCGUGAGACUUUGCAUUUAGUACCUGAAACAUGAAAUGUAAAGAAGUAUAGAUACUGUUCAAGCCUUUUUUAUGAAUGUAGUUGAAGCAGCUGCUAUUCUUGCCAAGCAACUGAGAUAAUCUUUCUUUUAGUUGUA